AUGAUUUUCUUCCCCAACAAUCAUGUCUACAAGGUCAAUGACGUCGACAAUAAUCACGCCGCCUACCGGUGGGACCCCUUCAGAACUUGGGGAUUGGUCGAGAAACCGCUUGCACAGUGCGGCGGCGCCCGAAAAAGCGACGCCGCCGGCAUCCCGCUGCGCAAAGAUGAAACCGCAUCUACCAUAUUGCACACGUCGGCGGGGUGCUGA